UCCAUCGCGAUCCUGUUCGCCGCGUCGAAGCCCCUCGCCUUGUCGGUGGGGAGCAGCUCGAGGCAAUCCCGCCGGGCGCCCGCGCCGCGUAUGAAGUGGGAGGUCUCGAUCGCGCCGUGGGAGCUCGACUACGGCCUGCAGCGUGCGCCCGUCAAGCUGCCCGCCUCGGUGCGCGAGGGCGACCCUCCGCAGCCCUUUGAGGUGACCGAUGAGCAGCGGCGGGCCCUGUACGAGGACGGCGCCAUCGUCAUCCCCGGCGUGCUCAACGACGAGUGGAUCGAGUACGCCAGGGCCGCGACCGACUGGCAGGUCGAAAACCCGCACUUCUGGUCCAUCGCGGGCGUCGCGUCGGGGCUCUACGACUACAUCCAGCGGUCGGUGUGGGCGUCGAACAGCGCGUUCGCGGAGCUGCUGUACUACAGCCCCAUCGCGUCCGCGCUCGCCGGCAGCAUCGACGCCAAGGAGCUGCGCCUCGCGACCGACCUCCUGAUGGUCAACCCGAACAAGGGCUUCAAGUGGCACCAGGACAACCAGAACGGGCCGAUCGACGCGUUCGGCGAGCCGGGGGCGAACGAGUGGAACGCGCUGCGCUGGUGGGUCACGCUGGACGACUGCCCGCCCGACCACGGCGCCCCCGUCUACCUGAGGAAGAGCCACCUCAACACGGACGUCACGACCGACGCCGUCUUUGUCGACCUGGAGAAGGACAACCUGCUCAUGUACCCGGAGCUGCUCGAGUUCCGGCCAAAGGCGGGCGACCUGAUCGUGUGGCACUCGCGCGCGAUCCACAAGAUUGACGGGCCAAAGUCGCAGGACUGGGAGUCGAGCAGGCGGCGCGUGCUCGGCGGCACGUGCGCUGUCGACGACUGCCAGUACCUGGCGGGCGGCCGGCUCCUCUUCGCCGACAUGGGGUCGCACGGGAUGGAGGACGGCGACCCGCUGAGGCACGCGCUCUUCCCGAAGCUGUACCCGUGCUCCGACCCCGCCGAGCGCGCCGAGGCCGCCGCCGGCAAGUGCACGCGCACGUGGGAGGGCGUCGGGCGCAUGUGGGGCGGCGCGCUCAAGUCGAUGACCGAGAUGUCCUCCUUUGCCAACGUCGUCAACCUCGGCGGCGCCAAGGAGGGGGGCGCGAAGGGGGGGAAGGCGACGCUUAAGCUGCCCUCCCCACCCUUUCCCCACGACCUCCCAGAGAUCCCGCUGCCCUCCCUACCCAACCCCCUAGCCAAGGAGGGCGCGGCCAGCGAAAAGUGAACGAGCCGGGCUCCCAGCGGGCGCGCGUCGUGUGGGGAAUGAUAUGUUUAGUUUAUGCUGAGAAAGCGUGCAACCGGCGGC